UUACAUUCAACGACUAAACCAACCACUUUGUUUUACCCUCAAUCCCAAGUCCAACCUUUUGGGACCACUGAUAUAUAGUUUUCCCUUCCCCGGAAAUAUAUAUUCACACCGAAGCUUCCUCUUUUAUCUCUCUCUUAGCUUUCUUUUUCCUCUCUUUGGCCUUUGCUCUAAACUCUAUCUAUCUACAAAAACCUCAUAUACACUUCCUCUGUUGUUAUUAAUUCUUGCUCGUUGCACGUUCUGUAUUAUUAAUUGAUUGAUGAGUUUCUGAUAUAUAUAGAUGAAAUUAUGUGUUUUUUAAAUGGAUAUGCCGGAUCAAAGUUCACCAAUUUUGAUGACUAGUUUACCGGAACAGGACGUAAAACCGCUAGAGCACCAGCAGCCGCCGCCAACGUGGCUCAACAGGGAAAUACUUUUACCACAAACUCAGUAUACUGGGGAGUCCAACUCAAACCAGUGGUUAUCGAGGUUCAGUUUACAGAGGAAUGUUCAGGCAUCCAAUGAUUCCGAUUUGACUAAGGACGAGUUUGGUGAGAGUGAAGCCGUUAAUUGGCAAAAUGCGGGGUAUAAAUCUGAAAUUCUGGCACAUCCAUUGUUUGAGCAAUUGUUGUCAGCCCAUGUGGCGUGCUUACGAAUAGCAACGCCUGUAGAUCAGUUGCCUAGAAUUGAUGCACAGCUGGCACAGUCGCAGCAAGUAGUAGGCAAAUAUUCCGGCCUUGGACAUGGGAAUCUUUCUGAUGAUAAGGAACUUGAUCAGUUUUUGACACAUUAUGUCCUGUUGCUUUGUUCUUUUAAAGAGCAACUACAACAACAUGUUCGUGUUCAUGCAAUGGAAGCAGUUAUGGCUUGUUGGGAAAUCGAGCAGUCGUUGCAAAGCUUAACUGGAAUUUCUCCAGGAGAAGGUACAGGUGCUACAAUGUCUGAUGAUGAAGAUGAACAGGUGGAUAGUGAUGCCAAUUUGUUUGAAGGAAGUUUAGAUGGUCAUGAUAGCAUGGGCUUUGGUCCUUUGAUCCCAACAGAGAGUGAGAGAUCAUUGAUGGAGCGUGUGAGGCAGGAGUUGAAGCACGAGUUGAAACAGGGUUACAAGGAAAAACUAGUGGAUAUUAGAGAGGAAAUUCUUCGAAAGAGAAGGGCAGGAAAACUCCCUGGCGAUACCACCUCUGUUUUGAAAGCUUGGUGGCAAUCACAUUCAAAGUGGCCAUACCCCACUGAGGAAGAUAAGGCAAAACUGGUACAAGAAACAGGUCUUCAACUAAAGCAGAUAAAUAAUUGGUUUAUCAACCAAAGGAAAAGGAACUGGCACAGUAAUCCUUCCUCUUCUACAGCUUUGAAGAGCAAACGCAAAAGGUGAAUCUGAAAAUACUACUCAUCAUGUCAGGGAAGUUGUUAGCAAGCUUCCUUGGAUGAGCUACGUACCUAGUGUCCAGCUACUACCUCUACGUAGUAGAUAGAAAGAUGGACUCAUUCAGUUAAAGCAACAGGUCAAUUAUUUGGCAACUGCAGGACAACUACAACUAUUACAGACAGAUCCUACUUGAUCAAAAGAUGGAUUGAUAUGAUAAUGUGUUGAGGAAAGGCUAGUUAUUUACGUAAUAGUCUGAUGGGGAGGGUGUACGGUGACUAAUAUAGGUCAAUCACAGUCAUCUAUAAUUUAAUCACAAAUUAGUUGGGAUCGACUGCAUCAAUCAUCUGUAUCAAUUUCGUGUGCACUUGAAUAGGUGGAAACUUCAGUGACUCAAUCAUGCAGCUUGCAGAGAUCACUACCACAUUUUUGUUUGGGGUUAGAUAUGGGGGUGUACAGUUGAAUAAUCUCAGUUUUAUCAAUACUUUUCUUGUCGUUAUGUAAGAAUUAAGAUUGUGUAGGUAUUCUUAGCUCUAUGUAUAGAUGGUUUAUGUCAUAUAUCAUGUUAUCGUUUACAAUGUGAUGAAAAAAUAAAAAAGAAGAAAGAGAUAUUGUGGUUGGAUACAAA